GGCGUGCCCCUGGCGCAGUGCUUCGCCGAGGCGGACCGCGAGAUCGCCGCCCUGGCUAACCGCUGGGGCUGCCCCGUCCUGACGCUGGACAGCGACUUCUGCAUCUUUGACCUGAGAGCCGGCUACUGCCCCCUGAGCCACUUCCAGUGGCAGAGCGUUUGCAGCGGCGACGACGCGCUGGGCUGCUAUAUCCCGGCGAGGUGCUUCUCUUCGGAAAGAUUCUGCAGCCACUUCGGUCAGCUGAACAAAACUUUGCUGCCGCUCUUUGCCGUCAUGAAUGGGAACGACUACGUGAAUCUGCCGGCUCUUGAGAUUUUCUUCAGCAAGGUGCAGUUGCCAGCUGGGUGCUGCGGCCGGAAGGGGAGGAGGCACGUCCGCAUUCAGGGACUGCUGAACUGGCUCUCUCGUUUCGCUGAGCCAACGGAGGCUAUAGACAACGUACUGAAAUAUCUUAAGAAACACCAGAGAGAAGAAAUAAGGGCGCUCCUGCACGCUUCAAUGGAGGGCUAUACACCCUCUGAUGUGAAUCUCGAGGACUUUUUUCAGCAUGGAAAGUACGAAUCUCAGGCGGCCAGGGAAUCGGACUUACCACAGUGGGUACUGGAUGCUUUGGCAAAAGGUGAGCUGUCCCCAUUUAUCAGUGAUGCCCUGAUUUUAAGGAGUACCUUCCUCCAUGUUCAGGUGGAGAACAUGCAGAGAGCCAGCGCACAUAGCACAGCUUUGCCCAUUCGGCAGGUUAUCUAUGGACUGCUUCUGAAACUAUCUCACGCUACUGAAGCUGCUUCUCCAAGUAAGCAGAUCAACAAGUUGCCAGUUGUAUGUGAAUUUGACAGAAUCCAAAAGACACUUAAAAAAACACUUGUUCAAGCAGCAAGCCCACCCACAGAUUUUUGUGAUGAUCAUUUUCCUUUGGACAAGUUAAUGGAGGUGCCCAGGUCAUGUCGUCUGAUGCUUUUGCUGGAGACUCUAGGAGUGCAAAUGAGUAUCCUAGAAUCUGUCCCCAGUCACUUACAGCUCCCUGUUGCUGUAACCUGUUACUGGACGCGCAGUUCAGAACCAAAAGUAAAACUGCAUCAAUUAAAGGCUUUACUUCUAAUGAUGGUAUCUGGGGAAUUGAACAGAACAACAAAUGAUCCAGUUUUAAAUUUUGAAGAUGACAGCAUUGCAUCUAACCAAUUUCCAAAGGAGAAGAAAUUACAAAAUACAGACUUUGAUUUAGAUGCUGCACACUCUUUUUGCCAGUGGCAGUGCUGUCUGCAGAUGUGUUUUUAUCUCAACCAGCUACUCUCCUCUCCUCUCUCCGAGCCAGACUUAACCAGGCUUUACAGUGGGACCCUUGUGCACAGACUGUGUCAAGAGCUUAAAUCAACACCUUCAGCAGAUGAUGUAUUUAGUUUAUCUCCAAAAAUGACUCAACUUUAUCAGGAUUUGUUAAAUACAGUGAAGUCGACCGUACCUCCAGACUUCUUUCAGAAAAAGACCAAGACCAAAUCUGAGUCCUGCAGAAAGAAGAAAGCAUGUAAUAAGACAAAGGCCAGCAGGUGCGCUAUACCAGAAACUCAGCGUUUAUGUGAUGUUAAUAGGUUUGCAUCACUCAGAGUGGAUGACUGAAAGUAUUCAUGGAAUAAUUUUUAAUGCCAUACAGAUGGAAAAAAUAUAUUACUGUGGCUACAUUGGAAUUUGCUUGGCUGUUUCAGAGAUGUCCUUGAUUAAUCUGUAUCAACAAUUAUUCUUCAGGCUUUUAUUUUUUUUAAACUAAGGUGCUUAUGACAAAGAUACCUUUAAAAAGUUUAUAUACAGUAUCAAAAUCCAAUUGCAAAUAUGAGAGUAAAGUUUGGCAUUUUCAAAUCUGGACUGUUUUGGAGGAAUUCUUUUUUCUCCUUGCACGCUUACAGUUGGCUAUUCCUCCAACUCCUCAAACACUUCUAACAUUGAAAAAAAUCUAAUUGUUAAACUAGUGUUUGAGGAGGAGUUAUCUAUGCUAUAUGUCAUACAUUACAGUAAUCAGACUAAAAUGGAAAUUGACAAAUUUAAAUACAAGGUAGAAUCAGUCUUUAUGACAUUUGACAUCGCAUUUUCAGGGACAGCUAACUUCAGUUAGUGAAAAUGGACUAUAUUUUGGGCUUUCAGUAUUUUAGGUACUGAACUCAGGGACAAAUUUUUUUCUUCCUUUUGGUGUAUUUAAAUCAGGACAGUAAGGGCUUACAUACAUUCACAAAGCUAUCACAUGGUAGCAAGUUAUAGCAAGUUUGGUAAUCUAGAGUAGCUGUGUACAACCUUCAGCCAUUAGCAAACUUGUCAUUCACGUUAGCCUCCUUUCUCUGGCUAUACUAAAAUUACAGAUCUGUUUUGACUUGCACCUGUGUCUGAACUUUUAAUUACUUGGCAAACGCACACUAUUAUCAUAGCAACACUGAAAAAAAUUAUAUUAAAAAUCCUACUUCAUCAGCAUAUCUCGGUAUUUCAUAUUAGCUAACUUUUCAACAAAACUAGUCAAUUUAUAUUAACACUUUAAAAAAAAAAAUUGAUGUUUCUCCCCUGUGUCUUCCAUAUAUGAAAUUUUUAAAAAGUAUUAUUUUUUUUUUUCCUCCUGAAGAAUUAAUAUACUGUUUCUUAGGCUCAGGAAAAUCAGCAUUUCCACCUUCAAUCAAUAAAAUUUUGCCCAUUCCUUACCAGAAUUUAGGCUUGAUUUCUGCAUCAUCUUGUUCUGUUUUCAGUCUUGCUUCUUGUCAACUGUAUGUCUCUCACUUAAAGUGAAAUGAAGAAAACUAAAUGAACUCUCUCCUAUCCUCACACUAAUAUAAAUGCCUUCCAGCUAGAGCAUUUCUUCUCUUAAGCAGGCCUGACAGACUGUGGAAAAGAAUUCAAGUUCUGACCAACUAACACUUAAAAGGUGUGUUUCCUUAGUUUUGUUUCAGUCAUCGCACUUUGUGGAGAAGAGGUCAUCUGUACCUGCGAUGCUUGCAUCUGCUCAUUUAAACAAUGUACUUUAACACUCCAAUUCUGGUACCACCAGAAGAGUGCUUGACCUUUGCUUCUAAAGAUGAGAGAAGGAAACAAGUCACAAAUGACCGUCUACCCUCCAGGCUAACUGGUCUUGCAGCUGCCAGCUACUGUUACUUAAGUAGUUUUGUCACAUCUAAAACUAUCAAAAAUUGACACAUUAAAAAUAAAAUUAAGCACCUGCAAUAACCAAGGCAAUGUGUGCCUCUGCAGAGUGUAGCUGGGAGCGCUUGUACGAAUGACAUUUUUUGUGAUGCAAAGUAUUUCAGGCAAUGAGGAAAAUCGAUGGAAUUUCCCAAACAACAAGAAUCAAGUAGAAAGUUUCUCUAAUGUCAUGGUCUUGUGCUAGCAAUUAGCAAGUGACACAAGAUUUGCUUUCCCAAAGGAUAUUGCAGCUAUACUUAUUCUGUUCAGUGAUGCAGAGGCUUCCAUUGUAAAACUAAAGUCUUGUCCAAGAAAGUGGUAAGGACUAGCAGAUAACUCUAUCACUGAGACAUUACUAAGUUUUAGUGAUAAGUGCUACUUAUUCCACACAGAAGGAUGCAUAAAAAAGCUAUUGAAAAUGAUCCACCAGCAAGGCAAGUAAGAUACUUUACAGUAAUUUUAAGAAAUCUGAUCAAGGAGGAAGUCUUUCAGAGUACUAGUCACUAACAACUGUGAUGUUCCUGAUUGAGAACCUCAACAGUACUACUUAAAUAUCAGGCCUAGUUGUAAAGUCAGGCCUGGAGUGUUGUAAAUUUUGUAGGGCAAUCAAGAGUGUAGUACACAUGUCGAAGGGGCAAGAAACGUGACAAUUUGCCUGUCGUUCAGUCAUAAUUUAACAGAGUUAAGGUGUGAAACACUAACAAGCAGACUCUUGCUCAAAAUUCAGAAGUUCUAAUCUUGGGGAAAACCCCCCCAAGCCAAUAAUCUAUAAAACACUUUGAAAAAAAGCAUGCAGUACAAAGAGCUAUCUAUCUGUAAACCCAGGUGAAAACAACCCUCACUUUCUUUAGGCUUAUCACAAUAGGCUGCGGAAGAAGGGUUUUCCAUAUGAAAUAACAAUUCACAUUAGAUGUUGUAAAUUAGAGGAAUGGUCUCUGAUAUCAUACAACUGAGUUAAUACUGCCCUAAUCUAUUUAAUAAGAAAUGAAGAGAUUUAUAACAUCUAUUAAAUUUAUGGGAGAAUUAUUUUUCAGAUACAAUUUGAGAUGGUAACAUUUAACAUUUCUUCAAGUACAAAACUGUGUUAUUUAUUAAACCACCAGCAGAUGGUGCCCAUAAUCAUAUAGCAAGUUACUGGAAUUUCAUACCUAGAGCAUUUCUAAAUAUUUAUUUGCAGCAGUUUGCAAAGUCACAUUUCCAUCAGCUGUUUUCUAAACAAAAUUGAAAAAAAGGUUAAAUUUAAGUUCUCGUUUUAAUGACUAAAACUUAAAUGCUUAAUCAAACGAAACCUUCCUUUGAUCCAUGGUGAUCCAAUGUAUUGUUUCAUUUUACAGUAUUUUACCAAACUUUUCAUUUUCUAUGGUUUUUAUUACCAAUAUAAAUUGUACCCUUUAAAAUAAAUCUUCAACAUAAUAAUACAAACAUGCUUGAUUCCUCUUUGUGAUUCAUGUCAGGAGAGAUUUCUUAAUUUUCCUCUGAAUCUCUUAUUGGCAAAGCGCUGAAGAACCUAAGAUUAAUUCUUGAGACUUGAUGAAAAGCAGUAUUUUGAAUUAGCUCUAAAGACUGGGAUAAGCUCAAAUCUUCUGCUUUCAGAUAAGAAAGGCUGUUAUGAUCACAUGGCAUUUUGAGAAUACUUUGGAUUGCUGACUAGAUGAUUAAAAAUUACUCUAUGGGAAAUUUGUCCUCAAUGUAGAAUUCAGCAGUUCUUUGUUCCCACUAAAAUGAAAUAUACCUCCUGGAAGUACAGAGCCAUGUACGGAUCUUAUUUAGUGAAGAGAAUUACUGAUUCUAGGGAUAUCAUUCAGGAUUUAAAUCAAAUGCACUAUAUUUUUUAGAGCCAUGAUAGGUUUAGAGCCAAUCUUAAUUGGGAGAAAUAGUAAAAGCAUCAUUUUUUGUUAAAACUGAGAUGUUCUUUAUUCCGUGCUUUCAUAGAAACAACUGAACUCCUCAACUGUGGCUUAUUUUCACCCCACAAGAAAUUCCUCUAAAUUUUUUUGUGAAAAUAUCCCACUAUUGAUUCACAAUUGCUCUGAAAAAGUCUCUCAAACUUGCUUUUUGGUGGUCAAGAAUGGAACCAAAAAAGCAACAGCCCAAUUUAUAG